AUGAAAAUACCAGUUAUACUAGUGGAAGAUGGUGUGAGUUAUGAAAGAUCAGCUAUAGAAGCAUGGUUAACCCAUCACAAUACAUCACCGAUGACCAAUAUGACAUUAAAAGAUAAAACAUUCGUUCUAAAUCGCAAUUUAAAAAACUCUAUCGACUAUUUCGUCGAACAACAUGAAAAAAGUAAAUAUACUAAAGAUGUGUCACAUACAAUUUCAAUCGGAAACGGGGCAUCCCCAGACAGUCUUCGAAAACAUCAUCAACAAUUAAAAAUCACCAUUACACUACUGGGUGACUCGGGAGUUGGUAAAUCAAGUAUUAUACAGCAUUUAAGAUUUGGUAACAAAUUAUCGAUAUUAAAUCAUUCUUCGACAAUUGGAGUGGACACUUGUAUAGUGCAUUUGAAAGAAUUAUUUGAAAAUCGAUAUGCUGUUGAUAUACAUGUAUUAGACAUUCCCGGUCAAACACGCUUCGAAGCUGUUUGGAUGCAUUAUUUUCGUGUUUGUCAUGGAGCAUUUUUAGUUGCUAAUGUAACAUGUUUUGAAUCGCUGGAAAGCAGAUCAUCCAUAGAAGGUGUCCGAUCUUAG